ACUACUUUAUUUUUUUCGAGGGUUUAUCGUUUCAAGCCUGUACCAUCAAAUGCUACCUAAACGAUCCAGUCUGUGUAGGAUAUUUGUAUAGUUCAAGCUUAAUGCAUUGCAGACUCCUUAGGAAAUUUCUAGGGGAAAGUGAAAUAGCAAUCAAUUACAAUGGGAGCGGAUGGGAAUACCGCAGCAUAGAAGUGAAUAAUUUGGCUCUUCGUAAGACGGUAAAUUCAAGUUCAAUCCCCCCUUGGGCAUCAAACACUACUCUCCAGGCAAGCGUUGAUGGGCGCACAGAUGCAUCUUCGUGGAUGGAACUUUUCCUAACGAAUUAUGAACAUCACCCGUGGCUAACUAUAAACCUAGGAGGACUGGCUAUCAUAAAAAAUGUACUUCUUUAUAACAGAAAAGAUGAAAACGGUCGUUGGCUGCACAAUGUGGAGAUAAGAGUUGGAAAUUCGUUCACCUGGUCGGAGAUGGAAUUCUGUGGCCUAUUCGUAGGACCGAGUCAAACGGGAAAAGUUCACACCAUAGAAUGUGUGGAACCGCUUUACGGAACAUACGUCACCGCAAAGAUUGUUGAGUUAAACUACAUAUUAGACGAUCUAAAUGCUAGUGGAGGAAAUAAUAUGCUAGUGUUGGAAGAAAUUGUCGUCAAUGGAUUUUUUGUCUAGAUGAAAGAUUGGAACGCAACUUCCGUAUCACUUUAUAUAAUUUCAGGAAACUCCCUUCUUAAUUGCAUCAUCAUCAACAAGUAUACGGAGAACCAAAGAGUGGCCAUCAGCGCCAGUAUAAUGAUAACUACUCUUCCAGUCCGUGUUGGCCCAAGUCUCUCUUCUGUAAUCCUUAUAGGAGUUAUGAGAUUGAUCACUGUUUGUUAUCUUCACUUUUCAUAUAGUCCCAUGCUGCUUCAAAUGUUAAUUGGUGGAGAUUGAAGCAAAAUAGAAUUUUAAUCUUGAAAUUUACUUGAACUAUAAAUUAGAUGUUAUGGACUUAAUGAUUUCUACAAGAUUAGUAGUCCUUUCACACGUGAAUGUUGAGAGAAUCAUAUUAUGUGAGAUAGAAUUCUAUUUCAUGGGAACGACAUUGACUUCGUGGAAACGAAUUGUAGUCCCUGGGAACGAUUUUUUUUCGUGGGAACGAAUUUUAAAACAAAUCGUUCACCAGCCACCAUAUCUAAUAGAACUUCUGAAUACUAUGUCAUGGAUAGCAAUAUAUCAUCCAUGAGAAAGUGAACGUCACAAUUUUUAUUUAAAAACUCAUAUCCAUUUGACUGAUGAUUCCAUCCUAAGCUAAUUCAGUGGGCUCCGUGAGGGAACAGAUCGUUACAAAAUAAAACAAAAUGAAUAAGUCAAUAAAGCUUAAAAACGCUUGUAAAAUGAAACUAUCCAAUAACUUCCAAUAUAUGAAUAUAAAAUAAGCUCAAUACAAACGACAAAUGUACACCUUCAUUAUAUUUAUAACAUAUUCCCUAAGUUUGAAUCAAAUCUGUUCAAUGGUGUUUAAGAUAUAUUCUGGACAAUGACGGCAUCCCCAUCAAAAUGGAAACAAACAUUCAUAACUUCUUUGAAUGUUAAAAAGAUCCCCAUGAAAAUAGCAGGCGGAAAACUUCAUUAUUCAUAUAAGAUGUACGUAAAGUUUUAAUCAAAUCUCUUCAUCGGUGUUAACGAUAUCUCCUUAACAAAUUGUACAUAUGGACGGACCGACGAACAGACGUAUAAUGUGAGUCCAGUAUACCCCAGAACUUCGUUUCGAGUGGGUUAUAAUUAUAGUCCGAUGCGGAUAAAUAUUAUAAACAAUAAAGGCAAAUUCAAAGUUGAAUAUGACUGACUAGUAUUUGUUGGCGAACAACCCUGGGGCUACUGGAUAAAAAAUGACUAGCACUAUCAUUAAAACAUUAUACGUUACAUUAUAUGAGUUACAUCAUGCAACAUUAUCAUUUCAGGGCAAAUCAAGCUAAAUAUUGUUCAAUGUCUUUUACUAUCGUCCAUCGUUACUCCCUCUAUAAUAAUGCUCAUUAUAUUCAUUCAUAAUAAUAUUAUGUCUUCAUCAUGCAUUGUGUCAUUAUAUAAAACUUAUACGGUACCAAUACGUUACGAUUUUAUACCAAUUGCUUUUUGAUCGAAAUAAACCAUGGCAUUAUAAUUAAUGCA